AAUCGACCCCUGGUUCGUUAGUUCUUUUUGUUGUUGGGGGAGCCGGACGUUGGACGGAAGGGGCGCAUGGUAACGGAAUGAAUGGGAAGGGCCAAGCCUUGGAGUGGUCAUCCAAGGUUUAUGUUUGCAGUCGUCGUCAUCAUCAUCAUCGCCGACCUCCAUCUCUUAGUUCUCGUUAUUUUUCUCUCUUUUCUGGUUUCAACCACUCUUUUUCCCUUUCCAUCAAUCCAUCAACUCGUCACUUUUCUUGGCUCCUCAGUUUACGUCGCCUCUUUGCACGUUCGCUUUCCAAACGCCGUCCUUUUUUUUUUUUGGUCUCAAUACCACUAUAAAUAAAAUACCCCCUAAACGCAAGGAGACAUUCGCUUCGCCAGCAUUCUCUCCGCCGAUCGUUUCAGUAUUGAGCUUUCUGGAUGAAUACGCUACGAUAGUCUGCUUUUCGACUCCAUUUCAGGCUGCAGUGUCAUCGGACAUUCAGUUGCUUCCCGGCUGCACAGCUUGCGUUACCUGGCUGCGUGACCUCGGCUGCCUCCAUUAAGCUCAUCUCGCCUCUCCUUUUCAUCACAGCAUCGUUCUUGUGGGCUAGGUUGGACUGCGACAAGUAACCGUCGACUUACCUAUUCCCCCUCCCAAUACCCUGUCAUCAUUUUGCAGAGUUUGUUCUUCGCGCAGUCGGAUUCCAAGUACGAAGAAGCAUCAGAUCGGCGUUUAAGCCCUCCGAGACCCGCCGGCCUUUUCUUGACCGGACCCAACUCACCGGCCCUUCCGCUCGGACUCCCCGACAUUUGAGAGGAGCCGCACCUAUCCAAAGUCGAAAUCGCAAACCAUCGCAACCAUGAAGGGAUACACAUCAUCUGCCCUUCUUCUGGGCCCUGCGCUGCUCUCUCAGCUUGCCCUAGCACAGCAAGCACCAAACGGCGUUGUCCAUUGGGGCAUCCAGAAAAGGCACGCACCCAACGCACCAAACCGGCUUCUAAGGCGCGCCGGCCCGACGCAUCAGGCAAUUCUUCAAAAUGAGCAGGCCCGAGGAGGAUACUUUGCGACAUGCGCGAUGGGGACGCCUGGGCAGAAAGUGACAUUGCAGUUGGAUACAGGCAGCAGCGACGUAUGGGUACCGGACUCGACUGCAUCAAUUUGCAAUAAGGGCGCGUGUGAUCUGGGAAGUUUCGAUCCAAGCAAAUCGGAAACAUACACGGUGGUAGGGCAGGGUGAAUUUGACAUUUCAUAUGUGGACGGCAGUUCGUCCAAGGGGGACUAUUUUACCGAUGUUUUCAAUAUUGGCGGAACAACGGUCACCAACUUGACGAUGGGCUUGGGAGCUCAGACGGAUAUUGCGUAUGGCCUGGUGGGUAUCGGGUAUGCUAUCAAUGAGGCCAUUGUGGGAAAUAGCCAUUCCCUGAGCUCCCAAUACCCCAACCUGCCCGUUGCCAUGGUCGAUGAUGGGUUGAUCAACACAAUCGCGUACAGUCUCUGGUUGAACGAUCUUGACGCGGGUGAAGGCAGUAUUCUUUUCGGCGGCAUCGACACAAAGAAGUAUAAAGGCGACCUGACGCGAAUCCGAAUCUACCCUAGUAGUAACGGCUACUACUUCUCCUUCAUCGUCGCCUUGACAUCGUUACAAGCAAUUAGUCCUAGCGGUAACGACACGCUUACCUCUCAGGAGUUCCCCAUUCCGGUAGUGCUCGACUCGGGUACGACCCUGUCUUAUCUGCCGCAAGACAUCGUGGAUCAGAUCUGGCAGGAAGUCGGUGCAGAAUACUCUGAUAGGCUUGAGUUGGCUGUCAUUCCCUGCUCGAAGAAGUCUAGUAACGGCUACUUUUCCUUUGGGUUUGCCGGCCCUGACGGCCCUCGCAUCACUGUGCGGAUGGACGAGCUGGUCCUCGAUCUCACUAGUGGAGACCCUCCGAAGUACACGAGCGGACCAAACAAAGGCCAGGAUGUAUGCGAGUUUGGCAUUCAGAAUUCUACCUCUGCGCCAUACCUCCUUGGCGACACCUUCCUGCGGUCGGCAUAUGUGGUCUACGAUCUGGUCAACAAUGAAAUCGGCUUGGCGGAGACGGACUUCAACUCGACCGAAAGCAACAUUGUGGCGUUUGCCAGCAUGAGCGCGACGAUCCCGUCAGCAACACAGGCGCCAAAUCAAGCGGCGGUCACCAAUAGACCCGUUGCAACUAUGCCAUCAUUUGCGGCGAGUUCAGGAUUCUCGGAUACUGGUGGCUCGGGCAACGAUGGUAAGGACGAGAAUGCAUCGGCAGGCAUGCCAAGUGCAUUUGGUGUCGCUCAGAUGUCUGUGAUGGGUAUUGCGAUGGUGUUUGCCAUGGUUGGUUCUGGCGUAUUCGUCUUGCUAUAGGCUCUGCCAUUGCAUUCGGUUGGAUUUGGAUAUGGCAUUCCUUUUUUUUUCUUUGUUUUGGGAGUAGAAACGCACAGAACAGGAUGAUGACGAUACCCCGAGGGGCGUAGCGUUAGUUGAAAAGAGUAUUCGGUUUUGUUUUUGGAUGGAUCCUAACAAUACUCAUUUAUUACCUAGGACUUGGGUAGUUUGUUUAUCCUAUGGUCGGUACCUACUUUACGUGGACUAGGCAUCAUGGGUUGAAACAGUGAGGGAUGGCAAUUGGGUAUGGUAUUGAGUUACUGUUCUGUUUGGAGUGGUUUGUUUAUAGUGCUAGUAAUGUAUGAUCAGUGUUCAACCUUCAACGAGUCUCGG